AGGGACAGCUGUCCAAGUCCAGCCAGGGCGUGGUGCCGUAGACGGCGGCGGGAUAACGCGCACACUCAUACGUUACAUCGCAACACGAAAAUGGGGAAGUACUCAGGGAAGAAGUGUCGGCUUUUGACCAUGUUCAGCCUGACGACCACCUUCUUCCUGGUGGAAAUCAUCGUCGGCUACGUCACCAACUCCAUGGCGCUGGUGGCCGACAGUUUCCACAUGCUCAGCGAUGUGGUGGCUCUCGUCGUGGCCUUUCUUGCCGUGCGCAUGUCUCCCAAGAAGUGGUCCAAGAACACAUUCGGUUGGGCGCGCGCCGAGGUGCUCGGCGCUCUGGUCAACUCGGUGUUCCUCAUUGCGCUCUGCUUUCGUUUUGUCGAGUCUCUAAAGAGGUUUUACGAGGUGGAAAAGAUCCACAGUCCGCAGAUGAUCCUGGUGGUUGGCGUGCUGGGACUGGUGGUCAAUGUGAUCGGGCUCGCUCUCUUUGCCAACCACAGCCACGGCCACAGUCACGGCGGACUCAGUCACGGCCACUCGCACGGCGCCGCCAAGAAGGCGUCGCCCGGCUCGCCGCCGCCGCCGUCCCUGCCGGCCACCACGCGCGGCCACCUAUCCUCCUUCGUCGGCGAUGACGACGACGACGAGGUGACCGUCGGCGGCGGCCGCGCGCCCGCCGGCAACGCCCAGCAGAUGAACAUGCGCGGCGUGUUCCUGCACGUGCUGGCGGACGCCAUCGGUUCGGUGAUAGUGGUGGUGUCUGCGGUGAUCAUCUGGCAGACGGACUGGAAGUACAAGUUCUACAUCGAUCCGGCGCUCAGCAUUGUCAUGGUGAUGCUCAUCCUGCGCUCCGUUUGGCCUCUCCUGGUGGAUAGCGCCAUGAUUCUGCUGCAGACGGUGCCGACGCACAUCCAGGUGGACUACAUCGAACAGAAGAUCCUGCGUGAGAUCGAGGGCGUGUUGGCCGUGCACGAGUUUCAUGUGUGGCAGCUGGCCGGGGACCGCAUCAUCGCCUCAGCCCACAUCCGCUGCCACAACCUGGCCGACUACAUGACCAUUGCCGAACAGAUCAAGCAGCUGUUCCACAACGAGGGCAUCCACUCGACCACCAUACAGCCUGAGUUUGUGGACUACGAAGCGGCAACGUCCAACAAGAGCGAGACAUGCAUCCUGGACUGUCCGCCGUCGGAGAAUGAGAACUGCGUGGCCAACAAGUGCUGCAGCGCCAAGAAGUCGGAGGAGACGGAGAGCCUGCUGUCGAGGACGCGCCCGGCAGCCGGCGACGGAGGCGCCCGAC